GCGGCGAGGCUGCAGCAUGUCGCUGCCCGAGCCCCUGAGGAGGCGGCUGGGCUCCUUCAGCCGCAGCGUCUUCACCGACAGCCAGGGCGCUGGCGGCCCGCGGCGCCCGGCCGAGCACGCAGGUAAUGAAAUCCUUUCCAGUUUGCCACUGCAGAUGGCCCUCUACUUCAAUGUUUAUUACUUCCCUUUCUGGUGGCUCAGCACAGUGGUAAUGCUCUGCCUGAAGUAUCAAGCCUUGCCAGAUUACUGCAAGUUCAUCCUGGUCACAGUUGUGCUCCUGGGCUCUCUGGUAGAGGCCAUCCGGCUCUACCUGGGCUACAUGGGCAAUCUGCAGGAGAAGGUGCCUGAGCUGGCUGGGUUUUGGCUUCUCAGUCUCCUCCUGCAGCUGCCUCUCAUUCUCUUCCUGUUCUUCCAUGAAGACCUGAAGAACCAGCCCCUGGAGCGUGCCCUCCAUGGCAUCUUUGCCCUCUUCCUUAUCUUCCAAGUCCUCACCACCUUUGUCACCCUGAAGAGAAUGGUGAACAAGCUGACAGCUCAGUUCCGCCUGGUGGAGUUUGACCUGCUGGAGGAGCAGCCUGGGCCUGCUCCUUCCGGCCUGGCCAGAGCAAGCAGAGCAGCUCCCCUGGGUGGUAGGGGCCCCAGUGCUGGCUGGGCAUCACAGACCUGAGGGCUUGAGGAGCCAACACACAGAGGCCUCCUGCUGCUGUGUUUUGUUGGGU